AUGUCAAGUUGAUUUAACUGCAAGGACUGAAUUUUCAUCUCGGAUUGUGUAAAUGUUAAAAAAUAAAAAUAAUAAAUAUAAGACAAAUUGAUACGAGAACCGCUUAAAUCUUCAUCAUUGAUGCCAAAAGUGGUAUGAUUUGAACACACCUACUUGAGAAGAAUCAAAAUUACAAUGACGAUAAUUCUGACAAGAUCGCGAUUAUUGUCCAGUUACCUUUUCAAGUCUAAUUUCAGUACCGCAGCUAAAUCUAUUGCCUCUAUUCAAAUAAACAAUAAAGUGUAUGCCACAGAUGAUUUUACUAACGUAACACCUAAAAUUAUAUCGUAUUUAAAUAAGAAUUUACACUUGCAAAAAGACCAUCCGCUGUCCAUGGUGCGGCAGCGAAUUGUAAAUUAUUUCUAUUCAUCAUUUACGCAUGGAGGAAAUCCAACGUUCAGCGUAUACGAUAAUUUAUCGCCGAUUGUCUCUACAAAACAAAACUUUGAUGAUUUGCUUAUACCGAUUGACCAUGUCAGUAGGGCAAAGUCUGAUUGCUAUUACGUAAAUAAUUCAUUACUCCUUCGAGCUCACAUGACAGCACAUCAAAGUGAGUUGCUUCGAGCCGGACUGGAUAACUUUCUCAUGAUUGGUGAUGUAUACAGAAGGGAUGAAAUAGACUCUACUCAUUUUCCAGUUUUUCAUCAGGUAGAUGCAGUGCGAUCUCAAUUAAAAGAACAAUUAUUUGAGAACCACCCUAGUCUGGAAAUAUUUGAAAAGUCUUUUACUGAUAACCCACAAACAUUUAAGAAUACAAUAGACGAUCCAACAAAACAGAGCUGCCAUACAUUAGAAGCAACUAAAUUGAUGGAGGCACAGUUAAAAAACCAUCUAAUUGGCUUGGUAAAAGUACUAUUUGGAGAUGAUAUUCAACAUAGAUGGGUUGAUGCGUAUUUUCCCUUUACACAUCCAUCCUGGGAGCUAGAAAUCUUCUACGAAAAUAGAUGGAUGGAAGUCCUAGGCUGUGGUAUUGUACGAAACGAAAUCCUAGCUAAUGCCGGACCUAAUAAUAGCAUAGCAUAUGCAUUUGGUCUAGGUUUGGAAAGACUCGCUAUGGCAUUAUACAAAAUACCAGAUAUUCGACUAAUGUGGAGUAAUGAUUCUGGAUUUUUAACACAGUUCCAGGGUAAAGAGCUACAUGCAAAGAUAUCAUAUAAACCAGUAUCCAUAUACCCUCAAUGUAGUAACGAUUUGUCAUUUUGGUUACCUCCAAAUUAUACAAUAGAUAGUUUCAUGAGUAAUGACUUUUAUGACUUGGUAAGGGAUGUUGGAGGUGAUAUUAUAGAACAGGUCAAAUUAAAAGAUAAAUUCAUACAUCCAAAAACAAAGAAACACAGCCUAUGUUUCAGUAUAGUGUACAGGCAUUUAGAAAGGACUCUGACGCAAGCUGAAGUAAACCUCGUCCACAAACAAAUAGAGAAGGCGGCAGAACAAACAUUUGGAGUUGUUAUUAGAUAAUGUGAUAAUAAAAAUCGAU